AUGUAUUCAACUAGUCGAGUUCAAGAAAGACCAUGUGCGGGUAGUUUUGAAAGUUUGGAAACUAAACAAUAUUCAGAUAAGGCAAUUGCUUUCCAUAAUUAUAUUGGUACAAAUAACAAUAUUCGUUUCGUAAUAGCGUUAUGGAAUAGAACAUUUGCUGCUCAAGUGACCUAUUCCACCGGCACUGGUCCACAUUCUGUGGUAGCAGCCGAUGUGAAUGGAGACAGCAAACUCGAUCUUAUUGUCGCAAACUCGGGUUCAAGAAACGUCGGUAUUCUCCUCAACAAUGGCGAUGGCACGUUUGCUACUCAAAUAACAUAUUCAACUGGUUCUGUCCCGAUUUCUGUGGGAGCACCCGAUGUCAAUGGAGACAACAACCCCGAUAUUGUUGUCGCAAACCAGGCUUCAGACACUGUCAGUGUUCUCCUCAACAAUGGCAAUGGCACGUUUGCUACUCAAGUGACCUAUUCAACUGGCAGUUCACCGUACUCUUUGGUAGCAGCCGAUGUUAAUGGAGACAGCAAACUCGAUAUUAUUGUCGCAAACUUGGUUUCAAACAACGUCGGUGUUUUCCUCAACAAUGGCGAUGGCACGUUUGCUACUCAAGUGACCUAUUCAGCUGGCAAUUAUCCGAUUUCUGUGGCAGCAGCCGAUGUGAAUGGAGAUAGAAAACUCGAUAUUAUUGUCGUAAAUGGGAAUUCAAGAAACGUCGGUGUUUUCCUCAACAAUGGCAAUGGCACGUUUGCUACUCAAGUUACCUAUUCAACUGGCACUUCUCCGCAGUCUGUGGUAGCAGCCGAUGUCAAUGGAGACACCAAACUCGAUAUUAUUGUCGCAAACUACGUUUCAAACAAUGUCGGUGUUUUCCUCAACAAUGGCGAUGGCACGUUUGCUACUCAAGUUACCUAUUCAACUGGUACUUAUCCGCAGUCUGUGAUAGCAGCCGAUGUGAAUAGAGACAGCAAACUCGAUCUUAUUGUCGCAAACUCGGGUUCAGACAGCGUCAGUGUUUUCCUCAACAUUGGCAAUGGCAUGUUUGCUACUCAAGUGACCUAUUCAACUGGUAGUUUACCGUACUCUGUGGCAGCCGUCGAUGUCAAUGGAGACAGAAAACUCGAUAUUAUUGUCACAAACGUGAAUUCGAACAACGUCGGUAUUCUCUUAGCUGUGUGA